AUGUCUGGAGCCAUGCAAGACGUGGCAGCGGAGGGCGUGGAGGAAAAUGCGACGGCGCGAACGACACUUCUCCGGGACAACACCUCACGGUCUGUGGUGACACGCAUACCCCGAAGGGGCACGCUUAUUUCACUCGCGCCGUUGCAGAAGCGGCUGGUCAUCUCUGGAGCUCGGGUGGGAGUCACCAUUGCAGAUGGUCUAUUUCUUUCGAGUACAGUAGCCAAUCCGCUGUUGACGGUCGCCUUCAUCGCUUACGAAUCCUUCCGUGCUGUCAACGACUAUCGGCGAGGGGAACUCAACACGCUGGGCUACCGCACAAGUCUGACAGAUGUGGCACUCCGCGUCGGGAAAGAGGUGGGAACGGCUGCCGUUGGAAUUGCUAUUGGAAAUGGUGUGGGAACACUCAUAGGUUUAAGUGCUAUUCCAGUAGGGGGGCAGAUUAUCACCGCCACGGUGCUCUCUGUGACCCUGGGUCUUUGUGUCGGCACACUUAUUACGCGUUAUGCCGAUCGUGUUUUUGUUCGUCUACAAUUGCAAGCUCAGUAUGGAUAUUCACCGAAUGAGCAGAAAUCUCGAAGGCGAUUUGAACAGUUACUUGAGGCACAGCACGAUCUUUCAUCUUUUGAAACAUGUCGGAUUGUCCAGCACUACCGAGAUUACAGAGUGGCAUGUGGUUGGGAAAGUCAUACCGAUGUCGACGACUACCGUGCUUCAGCUGAUAUAAAUAUGAUGCCCGUUUCAUUCCAACAUUUUGCCAUUGUUCAGUUGCAGCGUAAGUGGGGAUUUCUCAAUGAAUAUGAUGAGUGUAGGAAAGUAUUCAAGGCGCUAAUGUUGUCACACCACCCAGACAAGGGUGGGGAUGGCGAGCUUGUGGCACAGUUAAACCACGAUUAUGAAAUUUAUGCGUUUUGUCAGGGAUGGCAAGGAGGUUCUUCGGGCAUUUAUCAAAGAGAAGGGACCGCAGAGCCGCCAAAUAAAUCCGUUGGAAUUAGAAAAGGGAAAAGAAAUGUCAUUGUAAACUUUCUGCGCUCGCUAUUUCGUCCUGCAAGUAACUCUGCCUUGGAGGCGGAAGAUCUCCGGCAAUGUGGACUUUUAGCAUUGGAGGCGGGGACCCCGACGGAGCUGCACAGGUUUGACGAGGUUGACUGGGAGGCCAUGGACAAGGAAGAAUUGGGAAUAUGUGAGCGACCCGUUUUUGGUACGAGCGCCUCCGUAAAACAACGGAGUGUUUCUCGCGUGUUGGCCUCUAUUCAUCGUUGCUAUCAACUUGCCACGGAGGCAAUUACAUUUGCUGGCCUGGUUAAACUGUAUAAAGAGGAAAAGGAGUGGUCAGAGCUUGAACGAGAUAUAUUUCUAUUUAACCGACUACAGGCAUUUGUCACGGUGACCAAGGAUGACAUUCAAGUCGAGAGUGGCGACCUGGGUUCAUCCAAAGAACACGCUUGCUGUGGAAUUACGUGGCGCACGAGGGCGGAAGCAGUUUUAAGGCGUGAGGAGCGAAGGGAAGCGAUUGUGUCCCGCUGCUUUCCCCCAUGCGUCUCUUCCGAGUUAUUGGGGACGCUUGAAUUGUGGAAAACGGCCCAAAGUCUGGCGGAGAGUUUCUUCAAACAGAGUAACGGUGCUGCUGGUGGCGGUGGCAACAGAUAUAACAACAAAAGCAACGCCACCAACGGGACUGCUGGUGAUAUGCCGAUUUCUGACGGCACAGGGCAAACACUCGAUACUCUGUUAAACAUUCAGAGAGCCUUGCAGGAUCUGAUGGAAAAUAGCACGCAGUCUUGGAAGAAUACCGAUGCCACCGCUGACGAAUCACUCAAUCCUUUGUUUAUUGAAGAAGUGCAGGCACUCGGACGCACAGCAAGCUGCGCCUUGGCUGGGGCGCACGCCAAAAGCGUAGAGGAUACACUGUGGAAAACAUGUGAGGAGUUUUUCAAAGGACGUCAGAGAAAGCUGGAGAGUGUCACGUCUUUGUUAAAUGAAAUACAUGAUGUGCAAUCGUCCCUCAAGAAUGCCCCUGUGGAGGAACAAGAAAUUCUUCAGAGUCGGCUUGACGAUUACAUGAAGCAGCUUUUUCUUAUACAUUAUCUCUUUGGGGAGUUGGAUGUUGCCACAGUGGAGUUACACGACAUAUACACCAUGCACUUUCCCGAAAAAUCGGACAAUCUUAAAAAACUGCCCUCAUCAUGUGCGAAAUCGAUCCAUGAGGAGUUCCAUAUGGCUCGAUAUGUGAAAUAUGAGCGAGAACGAACACUUAUGAAUUAUAUAAAUAUUGAGGUUGAACCACGGAAUGCGAUGGACCCUUCCUGCCCACCUGCAGACCAAAAAGUCCCUUUGGACUGUGAGAGUGGAGUUGCUGAUGUCGAAUUUGCUUUACUUCGCGCGCAGUAUGUAGACACCAUCACGGGCACAGUUACUCCGUGUUGGCUUAAGCGUUAUGUCUUUCCAAAAGCGGAGGGGCUAGAAGCGCAACGAAGCGCUGAAUUUUUAUUUAAAAGUAUUAUGGAGCGUGAGCUCCAUAUUCCAGAAUUUUGUGCUACCCAUCGUGUGACAUGCAUCACCGAUGUUUUUUCAGAUGAUUAUACACGUCAAAUAUAUUUUCAUAUCCCGCGAGGGGGAACCCAAUUGCGAUUUGGUUCAACACAUGAUGUCCCGAAACGAAUUAAGCGAAUUGGAGUUCGCUGGUUGCAUGAUGCGUUGCAGUGCGUCAUUGAACUCCACUCCUGCCAGUUGGUGCAUGGUGCUAUAUCCCUGUCCAAUUUUACGUAUGAUGACUUUGGAAAUACAACCUUGGGUUUUUUUUCAGAUGCGCUUCGUCAUCGCGUGCGAGGUGCCGCAUCCUUGUUGGACGACACCAUUGAUUUUGGCGCUUUACUGCAUGCGGAAGUGCUUCCAUACCUUCUUCGUGCAUCACCAGCUGUUUCUCCCGUCAGGAAUCCUUCUGUGGCGAGUGGGCGGGAGGAGCGCCUCCUAACGGAUACACGAUGCAUGGAUGUUGCCAACGUAUAUCGAGAGGUUGCGGAUCGGUUGAUUGGAAAAGUAGAGCCGCGUUGGACGUUAAUCGACGCGCGAACCUUUGUUCGGCGAUUCCUUGAAUUCAACUACAAUAGCGAUGAACGCAAUUAUUUGUUUACGAAAGAAGUAUCUUACCCAGCACAUUGGGCAACUCCCAAAACCAUUGUCCCUGUCUCGCUUGUUGUGGACCGCCGCGUUUUUUUGCAUUUGCCGACGAACGCCACCGUGUUUCUAAACCGUAAUUUACAUCUUUGGGAUGUUUAUUGGAAGUGUCGCCGAAAAAUGGUACAAAAGCGCGGCGGCGGAUUUUUUUCAAUGCCCGCAUCACUUAAAAGGCACGCACCCUUCCACCCCUGCAGUGACGAUUGUGAAGUCAACGAACGGCUCCUUUGGCAUACCUGCCAUGACGAGGAGGAGGCGUGGCGAAUUUGUCUCGUAGGUCUCCCGUGCAAAAGGCACCGGCUGCGCCUCGCACCGCCAUGGCUUGAAUCGGGGGAAGACGGCAAAUAUUACCCCCGUCGCCACGCCGCCACCCCCGAUUGGGGCGUGAUUUUCCGCGUGUCACUUGGAACGGUUGUGGAGCAUGAGCGGGGAACAGUUUCGGACCUUCCAAAGAAAAGAGUUGACGUUUCCCAGCGCGCUCGUCCUCCCGCGCGUGGUCUCGAGCGUUCCGCGGAGGAGCGCUGUGUGCUUCUAACUGGCGCGAAGGAUCCGAACGACCCUCGGAAGUGGAAAAUUGAGGUGCCCGCGUCCUCGGCACGCUGUUAUCCUGAGUUUAUGGUUUGUUGCGUGGGGAUUUGA